UGCAGUGUUGUUCUCCACUACGCCUCACCUCCCUCCGGCUCUGCUCUCUGCAGGCAGGCCCCAGACCCCAAGGCCCACACCACACCUCUCUCCUAGGCAGAAGCAGAACGUGUCUGUAGGAAUUAGAAAGUAUGGGCGCCUACGAGUCUAACCUGGACGAUAUCCUGGCAGAGGACAUGCACCACUGGUACAACAAGUUUAUGAAAGAGUCUCCUUCGGGACUCAUCACGUUGUUUGAGCUGAAGACGAUGUUGGAGAUGCAGGGGAUGACAGAAGAAGCUAGCAGCUACGUGGACCAGGUCUUCUUUACCUUUGACAUGGACGGGGAUGGAUAUAUAGACUUCGUAGAGUACAUAGCAGCAGUCAGUCUGAUGCUGAAAGGAGAAAUCAACCAGAAACUGAAAUGGUAUUUCAAACUUUUCGAUCAGGAUGGAAACGGCAAAAUUGACCAAGAUGAAAUGGGGACAAUAUUCAAGGCUAUCCAGGACAUCACCAGAUGUUAUGACCCUCCUACGGAGGAGAUUGUGACCCUCAUCUAUGAGAAGGUUGACAUAAAUAACGAAGGUGAGUUGACUCUGGAGGAGUUUAUCGAAGGAGCCAGGGACCACCAAGACAUCAUGGAGAUGUUGGGAAAGAUGAUGGACCUCACCAAUGUUCUAGAGAUCAUUGUCAACGGACAGAAAAAGCAGGUCAAAUCACCAGAAUGAGGAUGACGUCACUUCCUGUUGCACUUCCUGUUUGAUGGACUCAGAAUUUACAGAAUGCAACGCAGAAAGGUUGUUGAGAAAGAAUAGUUUGAUUGUUUGGGACGGAAAGCAAUUAUAGUGGAAUGUUUAAUAUAUAAUAUAUGGAGGAAAUGUAUCAAAGAACAAACGACGAACUUGAGCAUCUUGAUGAGAAGGUGAAUAUACGUGAAUGGGAGGGGAGCCGUGUCCCAAAUCUCCAUCGACCAAGAAGACUGAGUUGAUGUAAGGAACCAAUGGAACCAUGCCAGGAGGUCAUGUGACCCGUCUUGCCUACUCUAUGUUCUCUAUUUCUACAUCCCGAUUGUCUUUUCACCCUUUUCCCGAAGUCCCAUCAUAGAUUUAACCACGGUGGAAACCCUCUAGGCAAUGAUAACACCGAUUAAAUACUUUGAGAUCAAAUGACAGGAAGUGUGGAAGUGCAAGUGUAGAGAAUUGGGAUGCAGCCUAUAUGUUCUCUCUGUGUGUAUCACUUGAGUAUCCUCCUCUCACUGUCACCACAGCUCUCUCUAGUCCUCCUUCUCCUGCUCCUAGUCUCACAGUCACCACAGCUCUCUCUGGUCCUCCUCCUGCUCUCACAGUCACCACAGCUUUCUCUAGUACUCCUCCUCUCACAGUCACCACAGCUCUCUCUGGUCCUCCUCCUGCUCUCACAAUCACCACAGCUUUCUCUAGUACUCCUCCUCUCACAGUCACCACAGCUCUCUCUAGUCUCCCCUCCUGCUCUCACAGUCACCACAGCUUUCUCUAGUCCUCCUCCUGCACUGUCACCACAGCUCUCUCUAAUCCUUCUCAUCUCAGUCACCACAGCUCUCUCUAGUCCUCCUUCUCCUCUAACAGUCACCACAGCUUUCUCUAGUACUCCUCCUCUCACAGUCACCACAGAUUUCUCUAUUCCACCUCAUCUCAGUCACCACAGCUCUCUCUAGUCCUCCUCAUCUCAGUCACCACAGCUCUCUCUAGUCCUCCUCCUGCUCUCACAGUCACCACAGCUCUCUCUAGUCCUCCUCAUCUCAGUCACCACAGCUUUCUCUAGUCCUCCUCCUGCUCUCACAGUCACCACAGCUCUCUCUAGUCCUCCUUCUCCUCUAACAGUCACCACAGCUUUCUCUAGUACUCCUCCUCUCACAGUCACCACAGAUUUCUCUAUUCCACCUCAUCUCAGUCACCACAGCUCUCUCUAGUCCUCCUCAUCUCAGU